GAUACUACCGCCCGACUGAUGAGUGAUGACACUCGUCUUCUCCGCCGAAGUCUGCCGCUUCAAUUUUUUCUCCAUUUUCCCUAAAAGUCACGAGGUGUUUUCUUGUCUAUUGUUGGAUGUGAAGUAGGAUUUACAUUAUAUGCAGGCGGUUUUCGGAAUUUCUGUAUUUAUUUGUUCAUUUGUGAAGAGAUAUGGCGAAGUCGAAGCCUGGGAAGAAGGAACUUGCUUCAUUCACCAUGCAUCGCACCAACACAGUCCUGAAACCGGGUGACUGUGUGUUGAUGAGACCAUGUGAUGCAGGCAAUCCUCCAUAUGUUGCAAAAGUGGAGAAAAUUGAGUCUGACUACCGGAACAUUGUCAAGGUGCUGGUGCGGUGGUACUAUCGCCCCGAGGAAUCUGUUGGGGGACGUGGGGUGUUUCAUGGUUCAAAGGAGCUCUUUCUAUCGGAUCACUAUGAUGUGCAGAGAGUAGAGACUAUCGAGGGAAAGUGCUAUGUGCACACAUUUAAGAACUAUGCUAAGAUUCCGACUGUGGGUAGAGAUGACUACUUUUGCAGGUUUGAGUACAACGUAGCAACUGGACGGUUCACUCCUGACCGUGUUGCUGUGUACUGCAAAUGCGAGAUGCCUGUAAACCCCGAUGAUUUCAUGGUUCGAUGUGAGGGAUGCAAUGAUUGGUUUCAUCCUUCUUGUGUGGACCUGACCAUUGAGGAAGUAAAGAAAUUGGACCAUUUCUUGUGCUCUGAUUGUAUACCUGAAGAUGACGAUGGAAGGCUUUCUGACUCAUUUCCUGUAUAACCUGCUGAUGAGGCUAUGGGAAAAAAAAAGUCUGUCCCUGUAUAAUGAGGCGGAGCCAAAUGCAGCAGCAGCACUACCAUGGAGCCUCACACCCUGGUUUUAUAGUUUCAUUGCCAUAAGUAUAUUGUAGAUUUGUCCAGUGCAGAUGGAAAAUUGCUAGAGAAUUAAUGAACUAAGGAUGGCCCUCAACUCCAUCAAUACAUGUAUGUAUUUUUCUGGAGUGAAUUGAUAUUGUCUUUGAUCUCAUGUGCGACUAGUCCGAACUCAAUCAUGUCCCAAGAGUUAAUGAUCACUUCCCAUCAGAAGAAGUUAAAUUUUGAUU